AUGUCCGCCGCGGCGUGCGUCGGUCGUAAGUCCGCGGUCGAGGAUGAAGACGCGAGUGAGCUCAGGCUCGGCGCUGAUUUCGACGACGCCAACUGCUUGUCGCUGAGCGAGGUGAAGAUCGUCCUGGAAUCCAAGCUCGGGGAUGACGCCGAGCAAGCUGAGGAAACGUCGACGACGCGCACGAGAGUGUUCGAGAAGACGCUCGCAUACGCGCAGAGGUUCAGCGGGAACACGAGCGGGACCGCGGCGGCGGCGAUCCGCGAGCUCCACGCCAACCUAGGAUUACACGACUUUGAGGGGGCCGCGAUCUCGAACCUACGCCCGCAGGACUGGGACGAGGCGAAGACGCUCGUGCCGAGUCUCGAGAGCGACGAUCGAGGACUCACGGAGGAGAUGAUUCAACAAAUGUUAGAUGAGAUGUCGAACGUGCGGAAAUUCGAGUGA